CCUAUAGGUCUACGACUUCGCAGCGAAUUUUAGAAUUUCGUAGCAACAGUUGCAUUCUGUUCACUCCACACGCCGCUCGCUCGCGCCUACGUCUCAUUCAAAGUUGGAACGCGAAGUGUUACCGUAGCGUUUGAACUUUCUUAAUUUACAUACCUAAUGGGAAAUUUAAUUUUCUUUUGACGUCAUUAAAAAUGUUUUACUAAUUUUUGUGUAACUCGAAUAUCUAUUUAAUAAAUAUAUGUAUAUGUAUAUUUAGUAAAAGAUAUUAUAAUAUUGAACAGAAUAAUAUUAUUCAUUUUAUUAGACAUUAAUUAAUAAAAAAUAUGUUUAGUAAAUAAUAUUUAAUCUAAACAAUGAUAGUGAAUGAUAAAAGUGAAACAUGAAGUUUAUUGUAAUUUACUUUCUCUUUGCAUAUAUAAAAGUAACAAUAUGCCUACGAGUUGUCGGCAUAUCGGUGCCGACGUUCAAACAACGAGGCGAGCCUGCCAUCUUGACGUGCGACUACGAUUUAGAAGGUGGCCGGCUUUAUUCCGUUAAAUGGUAUAGGGAUAAUGAAGAGUUCUACCGAUACAUGCCGAGACUGAGGCCACCGCAGCACGCUCACAGGCUGGACGGCGUUAAAGUUGAUUUGGAAAAGUCAAGCGCAAGACAUGCACACCUUCGCGAGUUGACAUUGAGAUCACGAGGGCUCUACCGCUGCGAAGUGUCUGAAGAAGCUCCAUCAUUCCAUUCAGCGCAAGCCGAAGCAUUCAUGGAGGUUUACUAUUUUCCUCGCGACAGUCCAAUUAUCACUGGUCACGAUCGUCGUUACAAAAUAGACGAACCUCUUGACGUCAACUGCUCCUCAGCUAGAGCGUUCCCAGCGCCAGACUUAUAUUGGCAUAUUAAUGGACAAAAGAUCACAGAACGAUCCUGGCUGAUAGCUUACGGUGCAAAACCUGUCCCACAAGGCUUAUUGGUGUCCACACUUGGACUUAAGGCUCCUGCUAAACCUCGAAUGAAACUCCGUUGUGUUGCAACUAUUGGUACACACAAAAGAGAAAGAACUGUCUUAAUAGAAACCAAUUCGGCGAGUUACUAUAGUGGAGUCGGUGGAUCUUUAUUGACUUUUAUAAGCAUCAAUAUAUUCGUGCGUGACAAAAUAUCGUGAUAGGUAGUUUUUUGUUAAGCAUUAAAUGUAAAUAAAG